AAGAAGAAUAUUGGCAGAUGUAGAAGAAGAAUGAAACAAGCAUGGCAGGAAGCAUAAGUAAUACUGCGUCUCCGAUAGCUAGUUCUCUAUCUAAACUACAGUCUGUAAAUGGAUUGUUUGCGAUAUAUAAGAAACAAGGGCCGACAUCUGCAGACGUGUUGAAUACACUCAAAGAAGUUUUACUCAAGGAAGCUGGUGUACAAAACCCAAACCCGCGGAAGAGGAGGAAGCAGAGCCUGAAGAUGGGCCAUGGAGGGACGCUGGACAGUGCUGCCAGCGGGGUGUUAGUUGUUGGUGUUGGGAAUGGCACAAAGAUGCUCAGCACAAUGUUGGCUGGUUCUAAGAAAUAUGUUGCUGUAGGGGAACUGGGGAAAGCAACAGAUAGCCUUGAUGCCACUGGCAGUGUGAUUCUGGAGAAAGACUUUGAACACAUAACCAGGUUGGACAUUGAGGAGAAACUGAAAGCUUUCACUGGUGACAUAAUGCAAGUUCCUCCACUCUACUCUGCGCUGAAAAAGGACGGCCAGCGCCUGUCUGUCCUGCUGAAGAAAGGUCACAAGGUUGAGGCCAAACCAGCCAGACCAGUCACUGUGUACAAACUGACCCUGCAAGAGUUCAAGCCUCCUCUCUUCACUCUUGAUAUUGAGUGCGGUGGUGGAUUUUAUGUCCGAAGCUUGGUGGAUGACCUGGGAAAAGCGCUGUCGUCGUGUGCCCAUGUGAAGGAACUGAUCCGGACCAAGCAGGGUCAGUUCACCCUGGAGGAGCACGCCCUACCCGAGGCCCAGUGGACCCUGGAACACAUCCUGCGCUCUCUGCAGCCCUGCUCCGACUCGGAGCCUCCGGACGCCGACACCUGAGGAACACCCGACACCUGAGGAACACCCGACACUUGAACGGGACCCAAAGUGAAAAGCUGGCCUUUCUGUCUGUCAUGGUUAGUCAUGACUCACCUGCUUGGCUUUUCCAACAAAGAAAACAUCCACUCUAGGCUUGCCAAUUUCUCCCGGAGGUUUUUAGGGCGUGUUGUUGAAUGAAGUGUGACGAAAUGAGACUCAUGUCCAAACAGAUUUCCAGUGUAAACAAACAUUGGAGAAAAAACAUUUCACAUUGCAGGACUUAUUAUGAUUCAUGCUGAAAGGAAAUAAACUUUUAAAAUAGUU